AGAAGAAGGCGAGAAAACUGGCUCUAUAUGGCACCGUAGUGUCCAUAAACAUUAUAUAUCUUAUAUAAUGUCUAUGGUAGUGUCCACCAGCAGCACCCAGGUUAUCAAGAGAAAGGCCCUCUGCAGAAACCCAGCAACCACCGACGCUACCCGGAAGAAGUUGCACCUUUCCUCAACUACAGAAUGGCUGAAGUGUAACAGAAGGACAGGAUGAGUGACUCCUGGCUCUCUGAGCUGGUCUCAGGCCUGUGUCACACACCCAAGGACAACCCUUUUCCUCUGUGGCAGGAUGGACACGUCAGCCCCUGCUUCAACCAGCUGGUCCUCGGAGCCGUGCCUCAUGCAGGCAUGGCGCUGUUCAGUGCCUACUGUCUUGGCAUGGCUAGGAGCACCCUCCUUCAGACGUCAGCUCCAUGUGGUUGGACGCUGCGGCUGGUCUCCGCGGCGCUGGCCGUGCUGCUGUUUACUGCAGACAUGGUCCUGGUGGGUGUGCUCCAGCAGGGGGACAUGUACCUGGACAUCUUAGCUGACGGCUGGGCGCUGCUGGCCUGGCUGGUCCACUGCGGUGCCAUAGGAGUGCUCCUGAGGACUAGCUUCAGGAGAAGCAGAGGACCGCUGCUGCUGCUUGCUACCAUGCUUCUGUUGGUGCCCAACAUUGUCAUCACCUUGAUGAUCUACUGUAACAGGAAGGAAUAUUUAAGCCUUAUGGAACCUCUUAAACUGGCCAGGUUUGUCUUGGCCUCCGCCCGGGCGUUCCUUUUGCUAGUUUACCUGCUUGCGUUUGCUUGUCCUUGUAUCGGCGAGGCUGAAUACUCCUUGCAUAUAAACGCGGCGGAUGUGUCCCCACUCCUUUCAGAGAGCACUGAGCCAGACACAAGUCAGAUAGUAGCGGAGGAUGGAAGCAGCUGUCUGUCUCGGCUCUUGUACCUGUGGCUGAAUCCGUUAUUCAGACGAGGGCAGCGAGGAGACCUGGGAAGACCACACCACGUGUAUCACCUUCCCUGGAGGCUUCGGACCAGAGUUGUGUGGAGACACUUCCACCGCUGUUGGGAAGCGUGUCGAAGAGGGGCAGAGAUCAGUGACCAGCAGGAUCAAUGGCCCCGACCGGUCAGCGGUGUGAACGGUUCAGACUAUAAGGAGGGACUGUUGGGACUGGAGGGGGAUGUUGGACUACUGAGAGUGUUGCACAAGGCAUUUGGGUUGCGCUACUACAUCUUGGGUGUGCUAAGGAUGAUUGUCAACAUAUCUAUGUUAGCAGGUCCCCUGCUGCUCAGCGGCCUGGUGAACUUUAUAGAGGAAAAGAAGGCCCCUUUCAGUAAAGGCAUUGUUUUUGUGCUGGGCCUCUUUGCCACGACCCUUGUAGGGUCUUUUCUCCGGAACAUCUACGCCUUUCAGAUCUCCAAAAUCUCCCUGUCAGCGCGUGGCGCGCUAGUGUCGGCGAUCUAUGGCAAGGCGCUACAGGUCAGCAGCUGCAGCCUGGCCGGCUUUACCCUGGGAGAGGUGGUGAACCUGAUGAGCACCGACACUGACCGCGUGGUCAACUUCUUUAACAGUUUCCACGAGCUGUGGAGCCUGCCGUUCUGCUUUUCUGUCACCCUCUACCUGCUCUAUCUCCAGGUAGGUGUUGCUUUCCUCGGAGGACUCUGUGUGGCGCUGGUGCUGGUGCCUUUCAACAAGUUCCUCGCCUCCCGUAUCCUUAGCAACAACAAACAUAUGCUGAAGUACAAAGAUGACCGUGUUAAGUUAAUGACAGAGAUCCUUUUUGGCAUCCGUGUCAUCAAGUUCUACAACUGGGAGGCUCACUUUACCCAGAAGGUGGCCAGGUAUCGGGAUCAGGAGCUGUCACACCUGAAGAACCUCAAGUACCUGGAUGCCUUGUGUGUGUACACCUGGGCCGCUCUGCCUGUGGUCAUCUGUGUCCUCACCUUCGUCACAUAUGUGCUGCUUGGACACCAGCUAACUGCAGCCAAGGUGUUCACCACAGUGGCCCUGGUAGGACUGUUGAUCGUUCCUCUCAAUGCUUUUCCCUGGGUGCUCAAUGGCAUCCUUGAAGCCAAAGUGUCCCUGGAGCGAAUCCAACGCUUCUUCAAACUGACCAACCAGGAUCUGCAGGCCUACUAUGCCCUGGUGUCUUCUGAAGACAUCAGUCAGACAGCCAUCUUGUUGAGCAAUGGGACGUUUUCCUGGCAGGGGCCUGAUGGUAGUGAAGUAGGAGAAAGUGAAAGUGAAGUUGGCAAAGGAAGCCUGCUGCUGCACAGCCUGAAUCUACGUGUAACUAAGGGCUCUCUGGUGGCUGUUGUGGGGAAAGUCGGCUGUGGAAAGAGUUCCUUACUAGCUGCUAUCACUGGAGAACUCAACAGGCUGAGUGGUGUGCUCUAUGUCGCAAACAGAGAGGCUGGCUUUGGUUUAGCCUCACAGGAACCAUGGAUCCAGCACGCUUCAGUGAGAGACAACAUCCUGUUUGGCAAAGAUUACAGUGCUGCCCUCUACCAAGCUGUGAUCGAGGCCUGUGCGCUCGCUGAUGACCUCAGUGUUUUACCAAAUGGUGACAAGACAGAAGUGGGAGAGAACGGAGUGACUCUGAGUGGAGGACAGAAGGCCAGGCUGGCCCUGGCCCGAGCUGUUUACAUGGACAAAGAGAUCUACCUACUGGAUGAUCCACUGGCAGCGGUUGACACAGACGUGGCUGAACACCUCAUGAAGAAGUGCAUUGUGGAGCUCCUCAGAGGGAAAACCAGGAUCCUCUGCACCCACCGUAUAGAAUUUGUGGACAAAGCUGACAUGGUGGUCCUCAUGGACAAUGGAACCAUAAUUAAAACAGGAACGGCAGCAGAGAUCCUCCCUUUGAUACAGUCUGAGCCAAAGAUGGGGAAAAGGGACCAAAAAGCCGAACACAAAGAUGAUCAACAGAGUGAGGAUGAGCUGGCUCCCCUCCCUGACCUCUGUGUGGAUGACGAUCCUGAUCUGUUGGGUGCGGAGCAGAAGCGAGUGGGUGGACUGGCAUGGGGAGUGUAUAAGACCUACUGGUUUGCUGUGGGUGGAAUGCUAGCUUCGUCCAUCUUGAUGUCUCUGCUCCUUAUGCAAGCCUCUAAGAACGUUUCUGACUGGUGGCUCUCCCAUUGGAUCUCUUCACUGAAAAACAACGGUUCCAGUUGUGCUGAUGGUUCCUCUAUAGCAGAUCUGGUUCUUCCUCACAUGCUGCUUUUCUCACCUGGUGGCCUGAUGACCCCUGUGCCCUCUGUGGAAGCUUUCCUUAGCAAUAAUACCUCCACCGACAUCAGGUUUUACCUGACCAUCUACGGCUCCAUCGCUGCCUCCAACACCAUGUUCACGGCCCUUCGAGCCUUCCUCUUUGCCUAUGGGGUCAUCUGUGCAGCUUCUGCCAUCCACAACAGGCUUUUGGAUCGGGUCCUCAAGGCCACAGUGACCUUCUUUGACGUCAGCCCUUUGGGUCGCAUACUCAACCGUUUCUCCUCUGACCUGUACACCGUGGAUGACAGCCUGCCGUUCAUCCUGAACAUCCUGCUGGCCAACGUUUUUGGCCUGCUGGGGAUGGUGGUGGUGAUAAGCUACAGCCUGCCGUGGGUGUUGGUGGGGCUGUUCCCCCUGGCUCUGCUCUACUACCAGACACAGCACUUCUACAGGCACACCUCCCGGGAGCUGAAACGCCUUUGCAGCCUGACGCUGUCGCCUAUCUACUCACACUUCUCUGAGACAAUUGCUGGGCUGGGAACCAUCAGGGCCAGCUGUAGUGCUGCCAGGUUCAGGGAGGAGAACGCCGAACGUCUGGAGCAGAACCAGCGCUGCCUGUUCGUUAGCAACGCUGCCAUGCAGUGGCUGCACCUCCGCUUGCAGCUGAUUGGUGUUGCUGUGAUCACGUGCCUGGGAGUGAUAGCAGUCAUCCAGCACCAGUAUAGCGUUGUUGAUCCAGGUCUGCUGGGUCUGUCCCUGUCUUAUGCACUGUCCAUCACACAACUGCUGUCCGGCCUCAUAUUCGGCUUCACACAGACUGAAAUGCAGCUUGUGAGUGUGGAGCGAACUGAGGAAUACUCUACUGAAUUGCCAACUGAACCACAGCAACUCAACGCAGAGCUGCCUGCUGCGUGGCCUGAGCAGGGCUCCUUGGAGUUCUGUGAUGUGGUUCUGGCCUACAGGGAAGGUCUUCCUAACGCCCUGGAUGGAGUGAGCUUUGUGGUGCAACCUGGGGAGAAAAUAGGCAUCGUUGGACGCACAGGCUCUGGCAAGUCCACAUUGUUUCUGGCCCUGUUUCGUAUGGUGCAGCUCAACCAAGGCCAGAUACUCCUGGAUCAACUGGAUAUUAGCACCGUGGGCCUCGCUCAGCUCAGGUCUAGGUUGGCCAUUAUUCCCCAGGAUCCCUUUCUGUUCAGUGGGACCGUCAGAGAUAACCUGGACCCUUGUAAGAGACAGCUGGACCAUCAGUUGCAAGACGUGCUGGAUCAGUGCCACCUGAGCUCUGUGGUCAGCAGGAUGGGGGGACUGGAUGCUGAGGUUGGAGAACGAGGGAAAUUCUUCUCUGCAGGGCAGAGACAGUUGUUGUGUUUAGCCAGAGCGCUGUUAACACAGGCCAAGGUUCUUUGCAUCGAUGAAGCCACAGCCAGCGUGGACCAGAAGACAGACAAACUGCUACAGCAGACAAUUAGAGAGAGAUUUCAGGACAAGACUGUUCUCACUAUAGCCCACAGGAUCAACACCAUCAUGGACUGUGACCGUGUGCUUGUGAUGCAUGCUGGGAAGGUGGUAGAGUUUGACACGCCUACUGCUCUCUGUCAGACUGACACCUCAAUCUUCCACAGACUGGUUGUUGGACGAGGAGAUUAGCAUAUCAAGACACAAAAGAUGCAAGGAAAUCUUCUGAGACUCUAAAAUCCGCUUUUCUACUUUGUCUUGAAGUUUUACUGCAUCGUCCUGUUUCAUCUGUUGCUUUUAUAAUACAAGCUUUAUUGCAGAACAAAAAAGCAGAAGCACAAAAUCUGGCUAUAUUCCUUUGUCUCCCCAGACACCUUGUUGUUGAGGAAGACAUUAUGAUGUGUUUUGAAACCUGCUUUGUAAUAAACACAAAAAUAUUCUCCAAGAUUACCAUCUGUUUUCAUUAAAGCUGGGCUGGUUAUACUGU